CACAGACUCAGGAUAGGAAGCGCCUUCUCCUCACUUCGUCUGAUAGACGCUGAAGUUGAUGAAGGUCAGACGAGGCUGCUACUGAUGAAUCUCACGGCUAACAGUUCACAGGUGGUUGUGUGUGUGAAGGUGUGAGCUCUGCUAUGAAUCCCUGUGAGGACACUGAACCCGCUCUGAGUGGGGACCCUGAACGCCUCACCAAAGCUCAGAGCCCAGAGCAGCAGCAUGGACCUGGACCUGGACCUGGACCCAGCUGUGUGUCCAUGAAGAGUAACCGGUCUAUAGCUGACCCAAUAUGUUUUAAAGGCCGACCUUCACAGACAGACUCCAAGCAGCAGAGAGCAGAGUCUCCUGGACCCAGCUGUGUGUCCCUGAAGAGUGAUCGGUCUAAAGCUCGUAUGAUUGACUUCAAAGAUGGAAGCCGUUCUUAUGACCCGGUAGAGGACCAGCAGAGCUCAGAGGUUCCCAGAGGUCAGUCUGCCCAGCAGCAUCAGACUCAGCUGGACUCCACAUUUAUGCUGCUGGAGGACAACAUCGUCACUUUUGUGAAGAACGAGCUGAAGAAGAUCCAGAAGGCUCUGAGUUCAGAUUACCCAGAAUGCUUAGAGAGCCAGAGGGAGGAUGAGGAGGUGUUGGAUGGUGAUGAUGAAGAGCAGAGGAGGAGCAGCAGAGAGGCAUUUCUGAACAUCUCUCUGCACUUCCUGAGGAGCAUGAAGCAGGAGGAGCUGGCUGACCGUCUGCAGAGCAGAAGUCGUUCUGGAGUGUGUCAGCGUAAACUGAAGUCUAACCUGAAGAAGAGGUUCCAGUGUGUGUUUGAGGGCAUUGCUAAAGCAGGAAACCCAACCCUUCUGAAUCAGAUCUACACAGAGCUCUACAUCACAGAGGGGGGGUCUGCAGAGGUCAAUGCUGAACAUGAGGUCAGACAGAUUGAAUCAGCAUCCAGGAAAGCAGACAGACCAGAAACAACCAUCAGACAAGAAGACCUCUUUAAAGCCUCACCUGGAAGAGAUGCACCAAUCAGAGCAGUGCUGACAAAGGGAGUGGCUGGCAUUGGGAAAACAGUCUUAACACAGAAGUUCACUCUGGACUGGGCUGAAGGCAAAGCCAACCAGGACAUCCUGUUCACAUUUCCAUUCACCUUCAGAGAACUGAAUGUGGUGAGAGAGAACAAGUACAGCUUGGUGGAACUUGUUCAUCACUUCUUCUCUGAAACCAGAGACGCAGGAAUCUGCAGGUUCGAUCAGUUCCCGGUCGUGUUCAUCUUUGACGGUCUGGAUGAGUGUCGACUUCCUCUGGACUUCCUCAACACUGAGAUCCUGACUGAUGUCACAGAAUCCACCUCAGUGAAUGUGCUGCUGACAAACCUCAUCAGGGGGAAGCUGCUUCCCUCUGCUCGCCUCUGGAUAACCACACGACCUGCAGCAGCCAAUCAGAUCCCUCCUGAGUGUGUGGACAUGGUGACAGAGGUCCGAGGGUUCAAUGACCCACAGAAGGAGGAGUACUUCAGGAAGAGAUUCAGAGAUCAGGAGCAGGCCGGCACCAUCAUCUCCCACAUCAAGAGCUCACGAAGCCUCCACAUCAUGUGCCACAUCCCAGUCUUCUGCUGGAUCUCUGCUACAGUUCUGGAGGAGGUGUUGAAAACCAGAGAGGGAGGAGAGCUGCCCAAGACCCUGACUGAGAUGUACAUCCACUUCCUGGUGGUUCAGUCCAAAGUGAAGAACAUCAAGUAUGAUGGAGGAGCUGAGACAGAUCCACACUGGAGUCCAGAGAGCAGGAAGAUGAUGGAGUCUCUGGGGAAACUGGCUUUUGAGCAGCUGCAGAAAGGCAACCUGAUCUUCUAUGAGUCCGACCUGACAGACUGUGGCAUCGAUAUCAGAGCAGCCUCAGUGUACUCAGGAGUGUUCACACAGGUCUUUAGAGAGGAGAGAGGACUGUACCAGGACAAGGUGUUCUGCUUCGUCCAUCUGAGCGUUCAGGAGUUUCUGGCUGCUCUUCAUGUCCAUCUGACCUUCAUCACCUCUGGAGUCAACCUGCUGUCAGAAGAACCAACAACCUCCAGGCUGCCUAAAGCCUUCAGAGACAAACCUAAACUCUCACAUCUCUACCAGAGUGCUGUGGACCAGGCCUUACAGAGUCCAAACGGGCACCUGGACUUGUUCCUCCGGUUCCUCCUGGGUCUUUCACUGCAGACCAAUCAGAAACUCCUACGAGGCCUGCUGACAGAAACAGGAAUUGGUUCGGAGACCAACAAGAAAUCAGUCCGGUACAUCAAGAAGAAGUUUAAUGAGGCUCCCUCUCCAGAGAGAAGCAUCAACCUGUUCCACUGUCUGAAUGAACUGAAUGAUCGUUCUCUAGUGGAGCAGAUCCAACAGUCCCUGAGUUCAGGAAGUCUCUCCACAGAUAAUCUGUCUCCUGCUCAGUGGUCAGCUCUGGUCUUCAUCUUACUGUCAUCAGGAGAAGAUCUGGACGUGUUUGACCUGAAGAAAUACUGUGCUUCAGAGGAGGCUCUUCUGAGGCUGCUGCCAGUGGUCAAAGCCUCCAGGAAGACUCUACUGAGUGGCUGUAAGCUGUCAGAGAGAAGCUGUGAAGCUCUGUCCUCAGUCCUCAGCUCCCAGUCCUCUAGUCUGAGAGAUCUGGACCUGAGUAACAACGACCUGCAGGAUUCAGGAGUGAAGCUGCUGUCUGCUGGACUGGAGAGUCCACACUGUACUCUGGAGACUCUCAGACUGAGUGGCUGUAAGCUGUCAGAGAGAAGCUGUGAAGCUCUGUCCUCAGUCCUCAGCUCCCAGUCCUCUAGUCUGAGAGAGCUGGACCUGAGUAACAACGACCUGCAGGAUUCAGGAGUGAAGCUGCUGUCUACUGGACUGGAGAGUCCACACUGUACUCUGGAGACUCUCAGACUGAGUGUCUGUAAGCUGUCAGAGAGAAGCUGUGCAGCUCUGUCCUCAGUCCUCAGCUCCCAGUCCUCUAGUCUGAGAGAUCUGGACCUGAGUAACAACGACCUGCAGGAUUCAGGAGUGAAGCUGCUGUCUGCUGGACUGGAGAGUCCACACUGUACUCUGGAGACUCUCAGGCUGUCAGGCUGUCUGGUCUCAGAGGAAGGCUGUGUUUCUCUGGCUUCAGCUUUGAGAUCCAACCCCUCCCAUCUGAGAGAGCUGGACCUGAGAUACAAUCAUCCAGGAGACUCCGGAGAGAAGCUGCUGUCUGCUGGACUGGAGGAUCCUCUCUGGAGACUGGACACUCUCAGGAUGGAGCCUGCUGGAGUCCGAUGGCUGAGACCCGGUCUGAGGAAGUAUUCCUCUGAACUCUCACUCGACACAAACACAGCUCACAGGAACCUCAAACUGUCUGAGGACAACAGGAAGGUGACACGUGUGGAGGAGAAGCAGCCAUAUCCUGAUCAUCCAGAGAGGUUUGAUUACUAUCCUCAGCUGAUGUGCAGAGAAGCUCUGACUGGUCGCUGUUACUGGGAGGUCGAGAGGAGAGGAGAAGUUCAUAUAUCGGUGACUUACAGAGGAAUCAGCAGGAAAGGAAAGAGUAAAGACUGUUUGUUUGGAGGGAAUGAUCAGUCCUGGAGUCUGAUCUGCUCUGAUGGUCGUUACUCUGUCUGUCACAAUAAGGCAGUAACGCACACCUCCUCCUCCUCCUCAUCCUCCUCCUCCUCCUCCUCCUCCUCCUCUUCCUCCUCCUCUGGUAGAGUAGCAGUAUAUCUGGAUCAUCCUGAUGGCUCUCUCUCCUUCUACAGAGUCUCCUCUGACUCACUGACCCACCUCCACACCUUCAGAACCACAUUCACUGAACCUCUCUAUGCUGGGUUUGGGUUCUGGUUCAGCUCUGGUUCCUCAGUGUCUCUGGUUCCUCUGUAGGAGGAAGAGUCUCCUCCUGUUCCAGAAACUUCCUCCCUGCUGCCCAGAGAGUUCAGUCUGUACAGGAUCACAGCUGAUGUUAGUUAGGACCACCCUGGUGAGUUCACUGUAAUAGAGGAGGAGGCUGAGGGAAGAGUUUAGGAUGUUGGGAGGAAGUGAAACCAAAGUACAAACAUAAAAAAAUGUCAAACAGUAAACUGGGCUGGACAAUAUCCCAGCUGAAUUCAAUCAAAAUAAGAGAUGACUUUAACCAAGCCAACCAAUUACAAUACAUCACCAAAUGGUUCCAUAAAUAAUAAAGGAUCAUUUAUUGUAAUCCUUCAUUACAGGGUUGCACAACAUGAAGGUGUAGUCCAUUAAUGCUACACAAGAAAACAAGGACAACACUAAAUAAAAACAGUGAUGCACUCCUGUGGUGCAAUUCCUGCAUUCGGGGGAAUUUAAGACAAAAACAAGGUUGAACGAGAUCGCGGAUACAAGCGGUCGAGAUGGGUUUUCUCCGCAGGGUGGCUGGUGUCUCCCUUAGGGAUAAGGUGAGAAGCAUCAGGGAGGGACUCGGAGUUGAGCCGCUCCUCCUU